AUGUUCGUGCACCUGCUGGUGUGGGACGAGCGUUACGCCGCUGAGUUCCUCGGGGAGUUGCUGGCUGCGAUCUUCGACAUCACCACCUACUGCGAGCACGUGAUUCUCGUGGUGCCUCCUCGGGUUACGCCAGAAUACGGCGAGUCGUGUGAGGAUCCUCAUCGAUUAAUCGUUGCUCGACGAGUCUACGCGAAUUGCGCGAAUCAUCAACAACAACAACGUUGCAGAGAGGAAGACAACGAUGACGCGAUACCGAUCAUUGGCGGCGAGAGUACGCGCCUCGGGGAGCUCUACGGGCCCUAUUACAUCAGCGAGAUGAUCCGUCAUCCGGACGGUUGCCGCCAGCUGAUCAUCGGCGAGGAUGCCGACGGCUCGGCAGCGGGCGUCGUAUGCCUCGACUCCGCGAUCGAUGUUGACCAGCUCAACGAGAAUUUCGAGUUGACGCCGCACCAUGGUCUGAGAAAAACCUGCGAGGACGACGAGACCUCGGCCGACGUCGCCGGGGUUACUAGCGAACUUGUUCACUCCGCAUUCGCGCGACAUGAUCAGGAUUUGAGCGACAGUACUCAAGCACACAAAGUAGCUGCAGAUGAGCCAAGUAUGGAAAAGAGGAGAUCAUCUAGUGAGGAAAAUGGGAAAGUUUCUUCCACACAUGAGCAGAUAGAAACAACGGCGCGAGCAAAAGUACUCUUUCAGUCGAGCGUACAAGUCGACAGUAUCGAUAACCUGCGGAAACGUGACAAUGUACCUCCGGAUACUCGUGCGAGAUCCACGGAUUUGAUUCGGCCCUUCGAGUCGAAAACGCUCUACAAGUUGCAUCUGGAUCGCUUUCUGAAUUCAAGCGCACCGUCAUCGAAUGAUUCUCAAAUCAUGUCGCUCAGCGAUCUGUCGUUGAUCUCAGAUUACUUUGACACGCAUUUCCAAUCGAGAUUGCGAGAAACUAUCUUCUCUGACGCAACGUUCCAGUUAUUCCAAGAGGGAGACGCUCCAUCCGUUAUUGAAGACAACGAAGUGACGCGCUCGCGGCUCAUCCACAACGUUUUACCGCAUCCGACGUAUCACGGCGAGAUAAACGCUUUCGUCCUGGAAAUCUUCGCGGCGCGCAAAGAUGAGAGACCUCAUUGGUCCCGCGAUUUCUUGGAGGCUGCCUUCGAUUGCUUCCCGCAUCUCGACUAUUGCGCGAUUCUUCUUCCUUCUUUUCAUCCGUACCGACAAUAUCUCCAACAUUUCGUGCGCGUACCGUUGAGAUGUAACAAAGAUUUCCCGAUGAUGCUGUACGUUGCUCACCGUGCGGCUUUCUGCGAGGAAAUAAAAUGUCGGCGCGGCCAAAUACGGGACCGAAAAGCUGUAGAGGAACUUUUACUCACCGUACCAACGAGGCAGCGGAUCUUGGCUGAUUUUGAUCUUGCGGUGGAUCUUUUACAGCCCGACCUAGAGUGUAUCGUUUUCAAAUGCCACAACACGAUACUCGGAUUUGCUAUAUUGUGCGCGGAGAAACAGGUCGACUUCAUUAGAAGUUAUUAUCAUGUGGAAGAUCAUGUGUCCAUGCAGAGUAUUCGUCAAGAUGAAUACGGGCGCCUAUUGCAUUUCGUUCUCAUGCCGAUUUUCUCCGCUUAUCAUCGCUUCUUCUUCCGCGAGAUCGCACGUUUGAGCGAGUUAACGGUAAUCUUUUAUCGGCUUCAUCACGAGGAUGAGAGCAUAUCGACGCGAGUGCAUUCGUUGGUGUCUUGUCUAAGCGAUAUGAUCCCAGUUAAUCCUCGUAGGCAAGCCAAUUAUAAAUUCCCGAUUACUCUAGAAAAUAUUGAUAACAGCGGAACUAAUACAGAGGGUAAAAAGGAUUAUGACGAUAGCGAUAAGGAUAGAUUUUCUUUGUUUGUGAUAUCGCCAAGACUGGCAAUGAUGCCUCGCACGAUUAUCGAUAUGAGGAUUGUUGUUGUCGGCGCAUCGGAUUGUGGAGUUGCUUUCGCAGAGUAUCUCGCUUUGCGAUCAACGCAGAAUUAUACGCAAUUUACGAACCUUACAUUAAUAUCGCCACACGGUCUGCCGUUCGAUAAUAAACGAAGCCGCGCAGAGGCACGCCUACUAACAUUCAGAGGAAGAUUCUGUUCGGAAUAUCGUCGCAGCGUCGCCGCGAGGACUUGGAUCAAUAUCGUCCACGGAACUAUGGUAGCGAUCAACAGAAGAGAGAAAUACGCGACGGUGUUGAGUCAAGGGAACCUCGCGUACGAUUUCUUGAUCUUGACUUGCGGCCUGCAGUAUCAGAAAUCGAUAUUACGGGACGAAAAGGGAGCGCAAAAACGAGGGUAUCGAUUGUUCAUACUGUGGUUGCUGAAUCGUUGCAUAAAACUGUAUAUUACGUUUGCUCUUCAAGGAUGACCGCCGAAAGCCAAAUACCGUGGAAUUGUCUGACCGUAAACGACGACACAGAAGCGUUUAUUUGUCUAAGAAGGAUACAAUGGCUAACGGGCGACCUC